AUGCUUUCAGAUUUAGAUACAAACAGUGAUGACGACUUUGAAACAGGUUAUGGCUUUUGUGUUAACAGUGAUGAUAAACCAACAGCCCCAGACGUAUCAAACUCGGUCCAUCAACCAAUAAUUUCAGUUAAUUCUACCAUAAACUCAAACAUUCGAAGAAGAAAUCAAACAUCCAUAUUACCAUCAACUAAUGAUUCAAACAUAUCAGAAAGCUCAAAUACUUCAACUGCACUCAUCAGUGGGUCAACUAUUCUAUAUCAAGUCAAUAGUGCAAACAACUGGACAAUUAUAACAAGAAACCAUACCAUGGAACAAUUUGGAGAUGAAAAUGUAUCUUCUGUUACAGAUAUUGAUGGUUUUGGCAGUGACUCGGAAUUACCAAGUCUGGAUCUGGACAGAAUUCUGACUUCUCGUGAUGUAAUUCAGAACAUGGUCCAGGGUGUGGAGGACGAGACAGGUGAUGGAAUAAUGAAUAACACAGGAAAACUCAAGGAUAGCUCAAUUGGAGAGGAAUCGCAAUUAUCUUUUCGAAGUUUAAACUUGAAAACUUGGGAAAGACUGUCAGAUCCAACAGGGUAUUACUUCAAAAAUUGUAGCAUUCAGGAGCUAGAAAGCUUCUUUUGGGAAUUAACCGAAUUUGGAACUUACAAGUUGAAAAAGCUUCUCAAAAAAUCAUGCUUCAAUUGCAUCCAACCCAAUUGUCUUGCACACUUCACUGUUACAAAGAAUAACGAAACUAAUUGUUACCUACAACUAUAUGAUACUCACAAUCACCCCUUUUUUGAUGAUUCGGUUCAAAUCGAUGAAGAUAGAGCUCAAAUGAUUGACAAGGUACGAACGGGAAAUAUAAAUGGAACUGCUUACGCUGAAAAGAAUUAUGAGGAGCUUAGGAAGGAGAUUUUGGCAGCAAAAUUGGAUAUAGACCAUUUUGUACGAAAAAAUUCACUAGUAACAACUGAGUGUUUGAAAUCGUUAGCGAAUCGCAGCAAUUUGCGUCCAAUUCCAGUUCUGAAACUCAUAGGUAGCGCCAUAGCGUGUACUUUUUACCAAUGUGAUCGUGAAUGCGGCGCUGCAGUUUUAUUAGGUGACCCGGUUUUAUAUAAUUAUAUAGAUAACGUCUGUAUAUUAAAUAAAUACUAUAAUGUUUUUGUUACUGUUUUAGAUACUGUUUUAGUUAUUAAUUUGGUUAUUAAUUUGGUUAUUAAUUUGGUUAUUAAUUAG